CUUUCUCUGGAGAAGCAACAACUCAAAAAUUGGGGUCUAAUAUAAUCAUGUCCGAUGGUUAUUCUAGUUCUAAGAAGACGGAUACUAUCUCCGACCAUCUUUGUGGACAGGAGGGUUCUCGAGUAGGCAAAGCCAUGUCAAGGCUUCGAUUUGUUCUAAGAGGACUCGAUCUCAAAACGUUUCUAUUUCUCUUCGCUGUCCUCCCAAUCUCCAUCUUCGGCAUCUACCUACAUGGUCAGAAGAUUACAUAUUUCUUGAGACCUCUUUGGGAAUCACCUCCAAAACCUUUCAACAUCCUUCCGCAUUACUACCACCACAACACCUCCAUGGAAACCCUCUGCAGUCUUCAUGGCUGGAAACUCCGUGAAUCUCCACGAAGAGUCUUUGAUGCUGUCUUGUUCAGUAACGAGAUCGAUAUGCUCACUAUCCGCUGGAAGGAGUUAAGUCCUUACAUUACUCAGUUUGUGCUUCUCGAAUCUAACUCUACUUUCACCGGACUGCCAAAACCCUUGUCUUUCGCAGACAGCCGGGACAAGAUAUUCAAAUUCGCUGAGCCAAGGCUGACUUAUGGGCACGUUGGAGGAAGGUUCAAGAAAGGCGAAAACCCCUUUGUGGAAGAAUCGUUCCAAAGGCUUGCACUGGAUCAAUUGAUCAAACUCGCCGGUAUAAAAGAAGAUGAUCUUCUGAUAAUGUCGGACGUCGAUGAGAUCCCGAGCGGCCAUACCAUAAACCUGCUUAGAUGGUGCGACGGAUUCCCGCCAAUUCUUCAUCUUCAGUUGAGAAACUACCUCUACUCGUAUGAGUACUACGUCGAUAGCAAAAGCUGGAGAGCUUCAGUUCAUCUCUACAAGCCUGGGAAAACUCGGUACGCUCAUUUCCGCCAAAGCAACAAUCUUUUGACAGAUUCAGGUUGGCACUGCAGUUUCUGUUUCAGACACAUCAAUGAUUUUGUGUUCAAGAUGAAAGCUUAUAGCCAUACCGACCGGGUCAGAUUCUUGCAUUACCUGAACCCAAGACGAAUCCAAGAUGUAAUCUGCAAAGGAACUGAUCUUUUCGAUAUGCUUCCUGAAGAACACACGUUUAGGGAGAUAAUCGGGAAACUAGGUCCGAUUCCACGGUCUUAUUCAGCUGUUCAUCUCCCCGGAUACUUGAUUCAGAACGCUGAUUGCUACAAGUACUUAUUACCUGGCAACUGCAAACGAGAUUCUGGCUGAUAAAUAAGAAUCUCUAUCUAUCACUUGUCAGAGACCUCUUAUAGUCUUUAGGUAAUCUCGUAAACGGUUAAUAGCUUUUGUUCUCUCUUUCUACUUAAUCAUCUCUGUAUAUACGAUUUACAGUAUCAGAAUUUUUGUAGUAUUACUUACGGAUCUGAUCAGAACAGUUGGAAAAAUAACUUGAUUCUAUUACGUGUCUGAAGUUGAAAAACAGUCGAGUCUUUUA